UCCAAUUUUCAUCGCAAAAUUAGCUAGGGCGAGAGCAAAGGGCUGAGCUAAUUGUAGCCUAAUCCUCUGCCCUGCAGGCGUUUGCAAAGCCCUGAGCAAGAAUUCGCUUUUUUUCCUCCUCUUCUCCCUUCCCUCUGUUAUUUAGAGACGGGAUUAUUGCCUUUCUUCUCAUAACAGCCUCGGCAGUUUCAUUUAAAGGCUUUUUUUCCCCCCUCACACACACACACACACACACACAUCCACACACACGCACAAAAUAAAUAGAAAAAGAAGCAGCAAAAACGGGGAGAGAGAGGAGACGGAGAAGCUUUUUUAAAAAAAAUAAUAAUAAUCACAGCAGGAUCUGCGGAGCAAAGAUAGUAAUAAAAGCAAAAAAAAGCUGAGCCCGUCCACACACAGCCCCGGCAGAGCCCAAAGCCAAAGGGGGGCUGGCAGAUAUCUUCUGUGCUCAAGGAGGGAAGAAGCAUGUCCCGUCUGUCUCUAACACGGUCCCCGGUUUCUCCUCUGGCUGCUCAAGGAAUUCCUCUCCCAGCUCAACUCACCAAGUCGAACGCCCCCGUGCACAUCGAUGUAGGAGGACACAUGUACACCAGCAGCCUGGCUACCCUGACCAAGUACCCAGACUCCAGAAUAAGUCGUCUGUUUAAUGGCACAGAGCCUAUUGUCUUGGACAGUUUAAAACAACACUAUUUCAUUGAUCGAGAUGGAGAAAUUUUCAGAUAUAUAUUAAGCUUCCUAAGGACAUCUAAGCUACUGCUCCCAGAUGACUUUAAGGACUUUAAUCUUUUAUAUGAAGAAGCAAAGUAUUACCAGCUGCAGCCAAUGAUUAAGGAACUUGAGCGAUGGAAACAAGAGAAAGAACAAAGGAAACAUUUCCAGCCUUGUGACUGCUUGGUUGUAAGAGUGACUCCAGAUCUGGGGGAGAGAAUUGCAUUGAGUGGGGAGAAGGCUUUAAUAGAAGAGAUCUUCCCAGAGACUGGGGAUGUCAUGUGCAACUCUGUAAACGCAGGCUGGAACCAGGACCCAACCCACGUUAUCAGGUUUCCCUUGAACGGAUACUGCCGGUUGAACUCAGUGCAGGUGCUCGAAAGAUUAUUUCAGAAGGGAUUUAACGUGGCAGCUUCCUGUGGUGGUGGGGUGGAUUCCUCUCAGUUCAGUGAAUACGUGCUGUGUCGCGAAGACAGACGACCACAACCCACCCCAACAAUCAGAAUAAAACAGGAGCCCCUGGACUAGACCCUCCCUGUACCCCCUUUGUAACCGUAGAAGUGUUUAAUAGUCCCUUAUGUGAAACACUAAGGAUUUGCAAAACAGUAUUAGCAAACAGACUUUGACUUUAUGUUGCCAAUUAGUGGUAUUCUGAAACUACCUGUCACAUAGCCAGCCACGAAAUGCAUUUGAGAAGCCAGUUGUCCGUUCGUCACGGUGGAGUUCCCGAGUGCUCAGCACAGCAGGUCUCUGGGAUGGACUUUGGGCUCAACAGCACUGCUGUGGAACAGGCAAAGCUUUCUAACCCCCUGACCCUGCACUGGACUGGACUUCUGCAAAGACCAGUUAAAGCAGUGGGAUGGAUCAGCAGGAGCUGUGGUUCUGCCAGCCUUCCCAGGGACACCCCAGUGCUGUGACACGUGGACGUCUGUGAGAGGAAGAUGGAACGCUAAAAACUGCACUGAGACUCUCCCUGACUGCCACACCUCCAUAUCAGACGUGCUUUACACCUCCAGGCACCACGGGGCACCUCUGUGAUUGUACUCACCCACACUAGCAAAUGGCUUAUUUUUAUACGACAUUUCCAACUGAAGUCUCUCUCUGUGGACAGGAUCCAGAAUCAGAAAAGGACCGAUUUAUAGUCAACUGGUGCUCAGUACUAAAAACCCCACACAAACCAAACAAAAAAAGUGACAAAAAGUUAGACAAGGCCGAUUUUUGCAACAGUAGGGAUCUGGAAGCACAAAAUAAAAUGCCAUCCACCAUCACACAAGGGUCACAUACCCAACACGGAGCUGUAGCUCUCUUAAAGCCAGUCUUGUUUUGACACAGAAACUGUUUAAGUUUUGCAUCAUCAAAGAAACGUGGUUCUGCCAAGCAAGCUCUGCCACCCCUCGUUAAUCAUUUACUAACCAUGCUAGAAGCCCACAUUUAGGAGGAAAGUGUAAGAAUUUUGGACAGGCCUAACUCUUUAUGGGUCUGGAAUUCUUGCAAAGAGCUGUUAAAACCCUGUACUGCCACUGCCGGAUGAAAGCAGGCCGCCUUUGGUUUAAA